AUGAGCAACAUGGUGUGGGUUUUUCUUUGCCUGGUUUUCUUGGAAACUCAUCUGGUCACGGGAAGGGGAAUAGCUGUGCAAGAAAAGGCAGAUGCAGCAAUUCCAGUCACAACUCUGUCACCCCCAGAAGGCAACACAACUUUUCUUGAUGGCACAACAUGGUGUGUGGCUCUUCCCGGCGUUUCCCAAGCUGAUUUGCAGAAUGCUCUAGACUGGGCUUGUGGCCUUGGAAUGGCUGAUUGUACUGCCAUCCAAGGAGGAGGACCAUGCUAUGAUCCAGACACUCUGGUGUCUCAUGCAUCAUAUGCAUUCAACAGCUACUAUCAACAAAAUGGGAAUUCUGAUGUUGCCUGCAAUUUUGGUGGAACUGCCACUCUCACUAGGAAAAACCCUAGUUAUGGGAAGUGUAACUAUGCUAAAUCUGGAUCUGCUGCUUCUUCAAAUGCAGCUCCAAUGGGAAAGCAUAAUCCGAGUUUCAAGUGGUGGAAACUUGCUGUUCUGAUACUGCUUUUAUAUUAUGGGAGGUGAUGAAAUUGGUAUUCUCGAAACUUUUUAGGAAAAA